AUGCAAAAAUCAAAAGUUGAUGUUUCCAUGCUUGUCGCGUUCGGGGGUAUUCGCGUCGGAAAAGAGAUACGGCGCGCCAUAGCAACCAUCUUAGUCAUCUAUGCCGAAGUGAAAAAGACAAUAUCAUCCCGAAGCGUAUCCGGCCCCAAAAGGCAAGCUAUAUUCCCCUGUCACUCAACCAAGGCUCCCGUUGCUGAUCGCCGGAGGUCGCUCUUUUCCAGUCAACUUUUAUCAUCAACCUCUUCUUUUAUUCUUUUCCCCCUCUCCCCUCCAUCCGCCAUGUUCAAGCUAGCCCGCACUCGGCCGUUCACGGCGGCUCUCAGAGCUGCGACGGAGCCGUCCAUGCGCACGCGUAUCGCUCAGCAACAGAGAAACCUUUCCAUCCACGAAUACCUUUCUGCCAACUUGCUCAAAUCAUAUGGCGUUGGAGUUCCCAAGGGUGAAGUCGCUCGGUCAGCUGAGGAGGCUGAGGCUGUCGCCAAAUCGCUCGGUAACGAUGAUAUGGUGAUCAAGGCUCAGGUCCUUGCUGGUGGUCGUGGAAAGGGUCACUUUGACAACGGUCUAAAGGGUGGUGUGCGUGUCAUCUACUCCCCUACCGAGGCCAAGAUGUUUGCUGGCCAGAUGAUCGGACAGAAGCUCAUUACCAAGCAAACCGGCGCUGCUGGCCGCCUUUGCAACUCUGUGUACAUUGUUGAGCGCAAAUUCGCUCGCCGCGAAUUCUACCUUGCCGUCCUCAUGGACCGCCAGACUCAGAGCCCCGUCAUUGUCGCCUCGUCCCAAGGUGGCAUGGACAUUGAGGCCGUUGCCAAGGAGAACCCCGAAGCCAUCAUCACCACUCCUAUCGAUAUCAAAGUCGGUGUAACAGAUGCCAUUGCAACCAAGAUUGCUACCGAGCUCGGCUUCUCUGAACAGUGCGUCGACGAGGCCAGGCAGACCAUCCAGAACCUUUACAGGGCAUUCAUGGACACCGACGCUACCCAGAUUGAAAUCAACCCUCUGUCCGAGACUUCUGACCACCAGGUUCUCGCCAUGGAUGCCAAGCUUAGCUUUGAUGAUAACGCCGAGUUCCGCCAAAAGGAGAUCUUCUCAUGGAGAGACACCACCCAGGAAGAUGCCGAUGAGGUCAAGGCCGCCGAGCACGGCCUGAACUUUAUCAAGCUUGAUGGAGAUAUUGGAUGCUUGGUCAACGGUGCUGGUCUCGCCAUGGCUACCAUGGAUAUCAUCAAGCUCAACGGCGGCAGCCCCGCCAACUUCCUUGACGUUGGUGGCGGUGCUACGCCCGCUGCCAUCAAGACGGCCUUUGAGCUCAUCACCAGCGAUCCCAAGGUGUCGGCCAUUUUUGUCAACAUCUUUGGUGGUAUUGUACGCUGCGAUGCCAUUGCUCAGGGCUUGAUCAAUGUUGUGCACGAGAUGGACCUGCGCACUCCCAUCAUUGCUCGUCUGCAGGGUACCAACAUGGAGCAGGCUCACAAAUCAACGAAUCCGGCCUCAAGAUCUUCUCAAUUGAGGAUCUCCAGAGUGCUGCGGAAAAGUCCGUUCAGUUCAGCAAGGUUGUCAAGAUGGCCCGCGAGAUCGACGUGGGUGUCGAAUUCACUCUUGGUAUCUAAGCUCCGCGUGGAUUUUUCUUUUGUCAUGUCAACUGUCCGAUUGCUUCAUCUCUCUUUCUUAGUGAAACGGGUGCUUCGCAGAAAUUGA